AUGCGCCAGCUCUUCAAGCUGACGUCGAGCGACGGCCGCGGCGAGACCAAGGCCCCGGCCGUCUUCUCCUGGGAGCCCAAGGGCAACUUCCUCGCGACGGGCGGCGGCUCGGGCGUCGUGCACGUCUGGGACCGCCACGGCGAGCACUGCUACGAGAUCUCGCUGACGACGACGAGCCCCGUGUCGGCCCUCGAGUGGGACAAGGACGGCGACUGCCUCGCCAUCCUCCAGGAGGGCCAGGGCCUCAUCCCCAUCUGGGACAUGCAGUACCGCGAGGUCACGCGUUUAGAUACGGCGCUCAAGGACCCGAGUUACAUGAAGUGGAGCCGGAGCGGCCCCCAGCUCGUCAUCGGCACGGCCAAGGGCAACGUCAUGGUCUACAACCGCCACAGCCGCAAGAAGGUCAACGUGCUGGGCAAGCACCCGCGGCGCAUCUCCUGCGGCGCGUGGUCCAAGGACAACCGGCUCGCGCUCGGCUCCGACGACUGCACGCUGACGCUGAGCAACGAGCAGGGCGACACCAUGGAGCAGACGGAGCUCAAGCACGCGCCCCGGGAGAUGGUCUUCGCGACCCAAAAAACGAACGGCAACGCGCGCGACGGCGCCGCGACGCCCGAGAGCCACCUGUCGAUCAACAUGGGCGGCCAGUCGCUGCUCCUGUACGACCUCAACGACCCGGACAACCCCCUCGAGCUCGCCUUCCAGCAGCGCUACGGGUCCAUCGUCGCCCACCAGUGGUUCGGCGACGGCUUCAUGAUGCUCGGCUUCUCCGAGGGGUUUCUGGUGGUCAUCUCGACGCACAUCUCGGAGAUCGGCGAGGAGCUCUUCUCGGGCCGGUUCCACCACAAGGCGCUCUACGACAUCGCCUACUCGCCGACGCUGAAGUACGCCGCCGUCGCCGGCGACACGGGCGUCAAGCUCGUCGAGAUGACCCACUUCAAGGACCUCAAGCGCGAGUCCAUCGGCCUCGACGCGACGGACGGGUCCAUCGAGAAGAUCGAGUGGAGCCCCGACGGCCACAUCCUGACGGCGGCGACGGAGGGCGGCGGCGUCCACGCCUUCCUCGCGCGCAUGCCCAUCGUCCACAACGCCCACGGGACGACGGUGGCCUACCUGUCGUCGCUCCGCGAGAUCACGGUCAUCGCCGCGCCGCCGCCACCGGCCGCUACUGGCCCCGGCGGCGCAUCGAGCCCGCCGCCGGACCAGCCGCGGCCCGUCGUCUUCCCCGUGGGCUUGGAGCCGUCCUUCGUCGCCGUCGGGCCCACGCACGUCGCCGUGGGCAUGAACAACGUCGUCAUGUACUACGCGUACGUCGACCCUAAAAGGCCCAAGGUCAACGAGCAGGAGUACCUGGGCAAGGUCGACAAGAUCUGCCUGAACGGCGCGCACGCGGCCGUGCUCAGCGGCACGCGCGUCACGCUCCACGAGAUCGAGGCCCAGGCCGGCGCGGGCACGCAGCGGAAGACGUUCCCGGUCCGCGAGGACGAGCACUUCGUCUGCGCGACGGCCAUCGCGCUCACGCGCGACUUCCUCAUCUACGGCACGCAGGCGGGCACGGUCGAGUUCUUCGCCGUGCACCCGGACGAGUGGACCAUGCUGCCGGGCGUCGAGCUGCGCCACGCGCACGCCGUCGCGUCCUUGCACCCGAACGCCGCGGGCACGCGCGUCGUCGUCGUCGACGCGCAGCACCAGGGCUUCAUCUACAACCCCGUGUCCGCGGAGCUCACGUCCAUCCCGUCCUUCCCGCCGUCGGUGCAGUGCGUCAUGUGGGACGCGCGCGACCGGAACGUGCUCCUCGUCGCCGACGGCAAGGAGCUCCACACGUACGUCUACGCGCACACGACGAUCAAGGGCCCCAUGGCGGCGAAGCUCGGGCCCGCGACGCCCGUGCAGCAGGGGCUCUACCCGAUCUGCAGUCGCGAGGGCACGAUCACGUGCCAGGUCGCGACGGGGAGCAUCACGUCCAUCACGUGCCCCCAGUACGAGCACAAGGAGGCCGGCGCGCCGCACCAGCUCGUCUUCUGCCAGAAUUUAGCCUUGCUGCGCCUCAAGGACGCCUGGAACGCCGCGCUGGCUUUAAAGAACCGCGCGUACUGGCUCGCGCUCAGCGGCAAGGCCAUGGAGAUCAUGGACAUCGACCUGGCGAUCCGCGUCUACCGCCAGCUCGGCGACGCGGGCAUGGUCAUGGGCCUCGAGCGCAUCGCCCACCUCGAGGACAAGAACCUGCUCGCGGGCCACGUGCUGCUGCUCUUCAGCAACUACAACGCCGCGCAGGACCUCUUCCUCUCGAGUUCGAAGCCGUCCUGCGCCCUCGAGAUGCGCCGCGACCUGCUCCACUGGGACCAGGCCCUCAAGCUCGCCCACACGCUCGACCCGUCCCAGGUGCCCUACAUCUCCGUCGCGUACGCGCAGCAAUUGGAAUUCAAGGGCGAGUACGAGACCGCGCUCCGCAUGUUCGAGGCGGCGCUGCGCGCCUGCGACGACCGGGGGGACGUGGGCGAGUCCAAGGACGGCUUCGGCGACGGGCCGCCGCCGACGGCCGCGCCGGGCGGCGCGCUGCCCGCGUCGUCCGCGUCGACGCGGCCCGUGUGCCUCGCGGGCGUCGCGCGGUGCACGCUGCGCAUGGGCGACCUGCGCCGGGGCAUCCAGUACGUCAAAGAAUCCUCCGACAAGGGCCUCUGCCGCGACUGCGCGGCGAUCCUCGAGGGCAUGAACCAGCACUCGGAGGCCGCGUCGCUCUUCGAGCUCGCGGAGCACUUCGAGAAGGCCGCGGCGAUCUACAUCCGCAAGCUGAACUUCACGCAGGCCGCGGCCAUCAUGCACAAGGUCGCUUUACCGAAACUCCACGCCCAGUACGCCAAGGCCUGCGAGGCCGCGGGCAAGCUCGGCGACGCGGUCAAGGCCUACGAGGUCGCGCACGACAUGGACUCGGUCGUGCGCCUCUACCUGGGCAACCUGAACCAGCCGGAGCGCGCCUUCGAGAUCGUGCGCAAGACGGAGAGCAGCGACGGCGCCCAGCUCGUCGCGCGGUUCUGCCAGCAGCAGGGCGACUUCCGCGGCGCGAUCGAGUUCCUGCUCAUGGCGAAGCGGAGCGACGAGGCUUUUAAUUUGUCCAAGCUCCACAGCCAGAUGGACGUCUACACGGCGGUUUUAGGCGACGCCAUCGCGCCCGACGACGCGCUGAGCGUCGCGCAGCACUACGAGGCCGUGCACGAGCUCGGCCUCGCGGGCCAGUUCUACGCGCUCUGCGGCCAGUACCCGCGGGCCCUCAAGCUCUUCAUCCAGUGCGGCGAGAAGGAGGUGCACCGCGCCAUCGAGAUCGUCGGCAAGGCGCGGAGCGACUCGCUCACGCACACGCUCAUCGACUUCCUCAUGGGCGAGCCCGACGGCGUGCCCAAGGACCCGAACUACAUCUACCGCCUCUACCUCGCGCUGGGCAACUUCCCCCAGGCGGCGAAGACGGCGGUGAUCAUCGCGCGCCAGGAGCAGGAUUUGGGGUCCUACAAGGCCGCGCACGCGAUCCUCUACGAGACGACGAUCCAGCUCGAGGCGCAGGAGGUCCACGUGCCCCAGAAUUUGCGGAAGCCCUUCAUCCUGCUCCACUCCUACCUCCUCGUGAAGAAGCUGAUCAAGGCCGGGGACCACGACGCGGCCGCGCGCAUGCUCCUCCGCGUCGCCAAGUCCAUCUCCAAGUUCCCGAGCCACGGCGCGCCAAUCCUCACGUCGACGGUCAUCGAGUGCCAGCGCGCGGGGCUCAAGGCGUCGGCCCACGAGUACGCGACGCAGCUCAUGCGGCCCGAGCUCCGCGGGAAGAUCGACCCCAAGUUCAAGCGGAAGAUCGAGCAGAUGAUCCGGCGGCCGAACCUCGAGGAGGAGCCCGAGCUCCUGUCGCCCUGCCCCAUCAGCGGCGUCAUGAUCCCCCGCACGGAGCUCGAGUGCCCGACGACCAAGGAGGAGAUCCCCAUGUGCGUCGUCACGGGCAGGCAUAUGGAGAAGGACGACUGGUGCGUCUGCCCGAACUCGAAGAUGCCCGCGCUCCACAGCGAGUACGCCAAGUACAUCAAGGCCGAGAUGAAGGCCGCGCGCGACCAGGCCAUGAAGAACGAGGCCAAGGGCGCGCCGGAGAAGGGCCAGCUCGACGUCCUCGACCCCGUCACGUCCCAGCCCAUCUCCCUCGACAAGCUCACGCUGCUCAAGAAGGACGAGGUCGAAAAGUUCCUCGAGAACUGGGCCAAGUGACACGCCCCGGUUUGGUAGUAGGGGGCCCGCACCCCGACCGACACCCGCCCGCCCCCGUAAGAGGUCGGCCCCG